GUAAAAACAAGUUUUUCAUUCAUUACCUCAGCUGUGAACCAAUGAAACCAAUACAUUUUGUUAAAAUCAGUGAAAGUGUAUAGACGUUGUCAAGUUAUCGGGUAUUUAUUUGAUUUUGAACACUACAAAUAUGGCAGGGAAAUCUACAACAGCAAAAUCAAGUGCACAACAACAGGGAGCUGCGGUCAAAGGUUACCUUUUUCUGUAUAAUGCCAUACAAGUCAUUGGAUGGAGCUAUAUCCUGUUUCAAUUGAUGAACUACUAUUUGCUGCAAGGACCGGAAUUUAGAGCGCAGUUGGAUCUAUGGGACUACACACGUUGUGCAGUAAUCGUUUUUCAAAAUGCCGCCUUUGUAGAAAUUUUAAAUGCUUCAUUUGGUUUAGUGAAAUCUAAUCCAGUAAUAACAACGUUCCAAGUACUCAGUCGAAUGAUGGUAGUGAUUGGGGUCGUUAUGGCUACUCCAACUGGAAAGGUAUCGCCUGGACUGCCUAUUGCGCUUUUCGCUUGGGCCGUAACGGAAAUAAUAAGAUAUGGCUAUUACGCACUUAAUAUUUUAAAUGUUAUGCCCUACAUUGUUGUAUUUUUGCGAUACACUACGUUUAUAGCUCUCUAUCCCAUUGGGGUAACUGGUGAGCUAUUAUGCUUCUGGUGGGCACAAAGCUACGCAAAAACAAAUUCAGUUUGGUCUUGGGAACUGCCAAACAAUUGGAAUGCCACAUUUUCAUAUUUUGCUUUCCUCUGGUUGGUGAUGCUUUUGUAUAUACCGCUCUUUCCACAAAUGUAUUUGCAUAUGUUUGCCCAACGAAAAAAGAUUUUAGGUGGAAACGGCGAUAAAUCUCAACAAGCAAAAAAAGUUAAUUAAGCUAAUUAUACCAAAUUCGAAUAUCUAAUACUUAAUAUGUUUUUUUAUGCGCUUAUAUGCAUUCACGCAAAUACAUGCUUACAUAUAUGUAUAUAUGAAUAAAGUAGAUGCGUAAAACUGUAUAUUUUAAGUAUGUCACUUGCGAAAUACUAUUUGGACUCUGCAAACCUUUGACAUAUUAUGUAAAUAUUAAUAUGAUGAGCUCAAAACACACUUUUGUAAAUAAAAUUAAAAUGAAUAAAUUAUACAAGGUGUCAUUAGCUAUUUCGACCUUUGUUAUUCGGCUUUUCACCCUUUUUCUUUUAGCUGGAGAAAGUUAAAAAAUGUAUGUAUGUAGUGUAAUUAUAUACAAUAUCUAACCGGUGCAUUAAUACAUUUGAUUUGCUUAAAGUCGAUAAUCAUAACUAAUAGUAGCUAUAAUGUGUGUGCACAAAAAGAAUUUAGAAAUAUUUCCAUAAGUUUACUUUUUUAAUGGUAUAAAAGACACUUGUUGGUAUGUGAAUAUUUUACAUUUUAAAAAAUAUGAAGUGUAUAACUAAAAAAAUUUGUUACAACUCUCAAUAUGAAAAUAAAAUGAAUGUA